CUGCCACUCAUGAGCACGUUCCCUUUCUUCUCCGCAACUCCUCCCAACACACCAACCAUCCAAUCAGUGUGUAAACCCUGCCUUUGGGUCCCGUGGAGGAUGAACGAUGUGCCAACCAUUGACUACGAGUUGCUGCUGUCCCCGGCCAGCUCCUCCCUCCCCGGCAGUCCUGGCGGUGGCAGCAGCAGCCCCCCUCUGACCAUGGUCGGGGUAGACAAUGAGCAGCGCACCGCCUUGGCCUUCGUAGGUCUACUCAUGCUUUUCCUGGUCUUCCUGCUGGUCAGGUGCUUCAGGAUCCUGCUUGACCCCUACAGUCGCAUGCCUGCAUCAUCCUGGACUGACCACAAGGAGGGGCUGGAGAGGGGUCAGUUUGAUUAUGCACUGGUGUAG